ACGUCGAAGAAACUGACGACACGCACGACAAACUGAUCUCAGGAAAUCAGGAGCCGAAGAACACCAAACCGAACCGAACCAGGAGGAGCUCCUCCCUCCUCUUUUCUUCUGAGCUCUGCUCCCUUUGCUGAUUGGCAUCAAUUCUUUGUCUUCUAUGAUGCUUCUGCACUCAUCACCCUCUAACUUCUCUGGGGAGUUGACGCGCGAAAGUUCUUGAAACUAGGAGGAAGGGAGAGCAUGUUCGUGAAGCUUCAGUUUGAUGCCAAAUGCUUCCCCGUUCUGGGGUCGUCGACGAAAACAUCACCCAGCUUAGGAGUGUCUGUCACCCCGACGGAAACAGCUGAAAGACAAAGGGGACGCAGAGUUCUUGAAAUUCCUGACAGAGAAGGUCGGAACUUUAAUGGGUUCCCCAAGCAGAGCCGCAAUAGGAGAAAUGGUGGUGCCGAUGAUUUCGGGGUAGAUAAACGAAAGACGGGGACGGACCCGGCAGAGAAGCAGAGGAGUAAUGCUGAUUUUGGUGGUAGAAUUAAAAAUGGAGGGAAGGGGGGAGUGCGUUUGAAUGGGAAGGGAAAGGCUGCGAAGAUGCAGGCCAAGUGUUCGACGAAAUGGCUGAGCUACAGCGGUUAUUUGCCCGCAAUACUGGAGGCGCUGGAGACGAUCGAGGACUUGGAUGAGGCGUUUAGACCGUGGGAGGAGCGGCUCAGCAACAAGGAGAGGAGCAUAAUCUUGAAGGAGCAGAGGAGUUGGGAGAGGGCCUUGGAGAUCUUUGAGUGGUUCAAGAGGAAGGGAUGUUAUGAGCUGAACGUGAUUCAUUACAAUAUAAUGCUCCGGGUCUUGGGCAAGACGGGGCAAUGGCAGCUUUUGGAGAGGCUGUGGGAUGAGAUGAGCAGAAGAGGGAUAGAACCAAUCAAUUCGACUUAUGGUACAUUGAUCGAUGUUUACAGCAAAGGUGGGCGAACCGAGGCGGCCCUCGUCUGGCUCGGAAAGAUGACCAAACAAGGAAUGGAGCCGGACGAGGUUACAAUGGGCAUUGUCGUUCAGAUGUACAAGAAGGCUGGUGAGUUUGGAAAGGCUGAGGACUUCUUUAGGAAGUGGUCCUUAGGCGAUUCUGUGACUAACAGAGUGAACGGCUCGGAAGAAAAGCCUUAUUUGAGUUCAUACACAUAUAACACGUUGAUCGACACAUAUGGGAAAUCGGGGCGAGUCCAAGAAGCCUCCUCGACUUUCAAUCGGAUGAUUGAAGAAGGGAUUGCCCCGACCACAGUGACUUUCAACACAAUGAUCCACAUGUACGGCAACAAUAAUCAGCUGAAAGAAGUGGACUCACUGAUGCAGAGGAUGGAGCAGCUUUGGUGCUUGCCUGACACUAGAACUUACAACAUUUUGAUCUCUCUCCAUGCAAAGAAUGACGAUAUCGAGACAGCGAGGUCCUACUUUGAGAAAAUGAAGGGGACCCACCUUGAGCCUGACCCUGUUAGCUAUCGGACCCUUCUGUAUGCUUACUCGAUAAGGCAUAUGGUGUAUGAAGCUGAAGCACUAAUAGCUGAGAUGGAUGAGAAGGGAUUGGAGAUUGAUGAGUACACCCAAUCCGCAUUGACUAGGAUGUACAUUGAAGCUGGGUUGAUCGGGAAGUCAUGGGCAUGGUUCCAGAGAUUCCACUUAUCGGGAAGCAUGAGCUCUGAGUGCUAUUCUGCCAAUAUUGAUGCAUUUGGGGAGAGAGGACAUGUUACAGAGGCUGAGAGGGCUUUUCUCUGCUGCCAAGAGCAGAAGAAGCUUUCAGUGCUCGAGUUCAAUGUGAUGAUCAAAGCUUAUGGGAUAGCAGGUAGUUACGAUAAAGCUUGCUCCAUAUUUGACAGCAUGCCUGGUGAAGGAGUAGUUCCUGACCAAUGCAGCUAUAGUUCUCUAGUACAAAACUUAGCUAGUGCUGAUUUGCCACUUAAAGCCAUGCCCUACUUAAGGAAGAUGCAGGAGGCAGGCUUGGUAGGAGAUUGCAUCCCGUACUGUGCUCUUAUCUCGAGUUUUGUCAAGCUUGGACAGGUGGAAAUGGCAGAGAAACUGUACCGGGAGAUGAUUUGUCACAAUGUGAAGCCCGAUAUCAUUGUUUAUGGUGUUUUAAUAAACGCUUUUGCUGAUACUGGGAGCAUUAAGGAAGCUCUCAGUUAUGUCGAUAAAAUGAAGGAAGCGGGCUUGUCUGGAAACUCUGUAAUAUACAACUCCUUGAUCAAGCUAUACACCAAAGUCGGGUAUCUGAAAGAAGCAGAAGAAACUUACAGAAUGCUAGAGCUAUCCGAGGCGGGUCCUGAUCUAUAUUCUUCCAACUGUAUGAUUGACCUCUACAGCGAGAGAUUGAUGGUGGAGCAUGCAGAGGAGAUCUUCCAACGGUUGAGGCAAACUAGGGAAGCAAACGAAUUCACAUUUGCAAUGAUGCUCUGCAUGUACAAGAGACUCAGGAGGAUAGAGCAAGCCCUUAGGAUUGCCAAGCAUAUGAGGGAGUUAGAAAUGUUGACUGGACUGCUGAGUUAUAAUAACGUGCUCGGGCUUUAUGUCAUGGAUGGGAGGAUCAGGGACGCGGCUGGGACAUUUCAGGAGAUGAUUGAGGCUGAGAUCCGGCCCGAUGACUGUACAUAUAAAUCACUAGGAGCUGUGCUGAUGAAGUGUGGAGUUUCGAGGGAGGCAAUUGGAAAGCUAGAAGUCGAGGCGAAGAGGGACCCACAAGGUGGUAUUCGAGCGUGGCUAUCGGCACUCUCAGCUGUAGUUGAAGUGGAUAAUUCUUCGUAUGAUGUGUAAUUAGUUCUGUAAUAUAUUUGAAUGAAUUUUGUUGAUGUA